AGUGAGAGCGAGCGCGCAGGCAUCCAGCGCGUAUCUGUGGCAGUGAGACCCUGGGAGCAAGAGAGGUCCACUCACUGUACGAUCAUCCGCUCAAUACAGACAUAACUUUUCAAGGUAACUGACACGUCUUGAAGUAAAUCAAGAGAAAGACACCGGAAACCCUGAAAGGUGACCAUAGUGAACUUGGACAGGGAGAAGGAAAAGGGAGGCCACAGUACAUUAUAGACUCCGCUAUACUCGGAGGCAGUCUCUCCAUCUUCCUUUGACUUUGGUCCUACCAGAGAGAGAAGCAGAGAGGCUGUGUGUCCAGAGUGCUCCAGUCCAGUCUCUAGAGGUCUAUCCUGCUGCUAUGGCCCGUGAGUUCGCUGCGUCCCACUGGUGAGCGAGGGGCAUCAGAGGGCAGAAGACAUGUUGGGACAGAGGCCUGGGGACUGCACUGAAGCUUGCUGUAGUAACCAUGGAAACGGUAUGGAGGAUCUUGGCCUGCAUUGUUGUCAUCAUCGUCAUGGUUGCCACCGAGGUCGCAGAAAGUCAGACUGCUGAAAAGUUCACCCAGUCACACGCUACGUUCCUGUCUAGCCUGGGCCAGUAUGAGAUUGCCAUCCCGGUUCGCGUGGGGCCGCAGGGCGAGACCCUGCACACAGGGGAUGGGGGUGCAGACAGCCCCAACCACCACCGGCGGAGCCGCCGUAGUGCUGAGGACCAGCAACAGGACCUGUCCCAGCUGUACUACCAGCUCUCUACCCCCACAACCAACUUUCUCCUCAACCUGACCCUGCAGGGGGGCCUGCUGUCCCGUCAGUUCCGUGUAGAGUACUGGAGGAGGGGGCGUCUGGCCUGGAGCCACCCUUACGCCCUUCAGUGUCUCUAUGUAGGCCAUCUGCAGGAUCAGCCCCACUCUAGCAAGGUGGCCCUCAGCAACUGUAAUGGCCUGCAGGGGGUGAUCGUGGCAGGGGGUGAGGAGUAUAUCAUCGAGCCUCUGACCCCGCCCGAAAACCUCACGAGGGGGGAGAGUCGCCCCCAUGUGGUCUACAAGAGGUCAUCUCUUCGCCACCAGUACAUGGACCAAUCCUGUGGGGUCAUUGAUGAGAAGCCAGGGAAAGGUAUGGCCUGGUGGCAGAGGACUCUGAAGACACCUCCCAACCCCAUUGGCCGAGGCCAGCUGCCCCUGAAGAGGUCUGUGAGCAGAGAGCGCUACGUAGAAACACUGGUGGUGGCCGAUAAGAUGAUGGUGGGGUACCACGGCCGCCGGGACAUCGAGCAGUACAUCCUGGCUGUCAUGAAUAUUGUUGCCAAACUGUUCCAGGAUUCUAGCCUGGGGAACGCAGUGAACAUCGUGGUGACCCGUCUCAUCCUGCUCAUGGAGGACCAGCCGACUCUAGAGAUUAACCACCAUGCAGGGAAGUCCCUGGACAGCUUCUGUAAGUGGCAGAAAUCCAUCCAGAACCGGAAUGGCAAUGGGAACGCCAUCCCAGACAACGGCAUUGCUCACCACGACACUGCCGUGCUCAUCACAAGGUACGACAUCUGCAUCUACAAGAACAAGCCAUGUGGAACCCUAGGUCUAGCUCCAGUGGGGGGGAUGUGUGAGCCAGAGAGGAGCUGCAGUAUCAACGAGGACAUCGGGCUGGCCACAGCUUUCACCAUCGCCCACGAGAUAGGACACACGUUUGGGAUGAACCAUGACGGAGUGGGCAACGCCUGUGGCUCCCGCAGUCAGGAGACAGCCAAGCUGAUGGCUGCACACAUCACCAUGAAGACCAACCCCUUCGUCUGGUCCGCCUGCAGCCGAGACUACAUCACCAACUUCCUGGACUCAGGUAUGGGUUCAUGCCUCAACAACGUCCCACCGAAGCAGGAGUUUGUGUACCCCACCACGGCCCCCGGCCAGGCCUACGAUGCAGACGAGCAAUGCCGCUUCCAGUACGGAGUGAAGUCUCGGCAGUGUAAAUACGGGGAAGUCUGCAGUGAGCUGUGGUGCAUGAGCAAGAGCAACCGCUGCAUCACCAGCAGCAUACCCGCUGCAGAAGGAACCAUCUGUCAAACCAAUACCAUAGAGAAAGGGUGGUGCUAUAAGAGGGUGUGUGUGGCCUACGGGACCCGGCCAGAGGGCGUGGACGGCGGGUGGGGUCUCUGGACCCCCUGGGAGGAGUGCAGCCGUACCUGUGGGGGAGGAGUGUCCUCCUCCAUCCGCCACUGUGACAGCCCCAGGCCAACGAUUGGUGGAAAGUAUUGUCUGGGAGAGAGGAAGCGCUUCAGAUCGUGCAAUAUUGACGAGUGUCCUGCAGGCUCUCAGGAUUUCCGGGAGAUUCAGUGCGCCGAUUUCGACAACGUUCCUUUCCGGGGGAAAUUCUACACCUGGCAACCCUACAGAGGAGGUGCGUACAGUGGAGUGAAGUCCUGCUCUCUGAACUGCCUGGCGGAGGGAUAUAACUUCUACACAGAGCGUGCUCCGGCUGUGGUGGACGGGACCCCAUGUCGGGACGACUCUCUGGAUGUCUGUGUGAAUGGAGAGUGCAAGCACGUGGGCUGUGACCGGAUCCUGGGCUCGGAUGUGCGGGAGGACCGCUGCCGUAUCUGCGGGGGUGACGGGAGCAACUGUGAGGCCAUAGAGGGCGUCUUCAAUGACUCCUUGCCUGAAGGAGGUUAUGAAGAGGUGGUCCGAAUCCCCAAAGGAUCUACCUUCAUUCAUAUUCAGGAGCUCAACAUCUCCCUCAACUACCUAGUGCUGAAGAGUAAAGGGGACCAGUACUUCAUCAAUGGGAAGCUGACCAUCGACACCCCUCGUAGGUUCGACAUCACAGGGACCACCUUCCACUACCGCCGACCCACUGAUGAGCCUGAGACCCUGGAGGCCCUGGGGCCCACCAACAUGACUCUCAUCGUCAUGGUGCUGGUGAGGGACGAGAACCCAGGGAUCCACUACCGCUUCAACCCUCCAGUCAACAGAGACCCUCUGACUGGAUACGCCUGGCACUACACAUCCUGGUCCCGAUGCUCUGCACUCUGCGCUGGGGGUGCUCAGAUCCAGCAGGUCGUGUGUAAGAAGCAAGCUGAUCACUCUGUGGUCUACAACCACUUCUGUGACAAGAAGAGCAAACCCAAAGACAAGAAGCGAGGCUGCAACUCUGAGCCAUGCUCCCCAAGCUGGGGGUCUGGGGAGUGGUCUGAGUGCAGUCGCAGCUGUAACGGGGGCCUGAGGACCAGAGAGGUGCUGUGUAAGAGGAAGAUCUCUCCUACAGAGGAGAAGGUGCAGGACGACGGCGCCUGUACCCCCCCAGGACCACCCCUCACUGAGCCCUGCAACAACCACACCUGCCCCCCAGAGUGGCUGGCCCUGAACUGGUCAGAGUGUAAUCCCAGCUGUGGUCCAGGGUUCAGGCACCGUGUCCUUCUGUGUAAGAGGGGGGAGAGUGGAGGCACACUGCCAGAGUCCCAGUGUCCCAAGUAUGGGCGUCCCACCACCAGGGUACGCUGUAACCUGCAGCGCUGCCCACCCCCCAUGUGGGUCGCAGGGCCCUGGGGAGAGUGCUCAGCCAAUUGUGGUCUGGGUCAGGAGAUGCGCUCUGUGCAGUGUCUUGUACACACCGGCCAGCCGUCCAAUGAGUGCCCAGACCUCCUGCGCCCGGCAGCCAUGCAGCAGUGCAAGAGCAAAUGUGACCUCAGCAGCCUACCCAUGGACAUCCCUGAGGGUGACCCUGAAGAGUGUAAAGAUGUGAACACAGUGGCGUACUGCCCCCUAGUGCUCAGGUUUAAGUUCUGCAGCCGCCCCUACUUCAGACAGAUGUGCUGUAAGACCUGCCAAGGACACUGACCCCUGAUCCAGAGUGAGAACCAGACCCAUACUCGGAGUCAUCCCCAGCGGGACCAGACCAGACCGCCUGAGCUGAACAUUUCACAGGGGGAGGGACUGACAACCCAUCGCACCACAGAGCAGCCUCUCUGACAUCAGGGGAGGGUGAGAGAGAGAACUGUGCUUUUAUCCCCACUCUGAAAUUGCCCUAACUGAUACCAGCUGUGGGGGCAUUGCUGUGAAGACCAGAUGGGCUGCUGGGAUACCGCUGUUUCUAUGUCCUUAUAUCCUUAUUAGCGUUUGGUGCUACUACCAUUGCCAUGCUGGCUACAGGACUGGCCAAAGUACUCUGUUCAGCUUAGUUACAUUUCUCUGUUGUUUAUUAAGUGGCCCAAUCUUACCCUGAGACACUGUCCAUACGGACCUUUACUUGUAUAUUUACAGACAUUGCUCUAUGUGUACACAAUCUACACUGUACAAAUGAAAUUUACCUGAUACUUUAUCACUUACCAAAUGUUCAUGUUAGUUAUCUGGUGGCUGUCAACUCACGUGGUCUUCUUUGUUAUCUUGUCAAUGCUUUGUCUCAGAACUAAAUCUUUAUGAAUUCUUAUUAAUAUUGUGCUUUUUGAAAAGGGUUUGAUUUGCACAAAGUAUGGCUACUCAUAAGGAUACUGUAUGUUUAGUUAUUUGGGACUUGUCUUGACGACUCUACUGAAUACCAAGGUUCUCCAUCCACGGUCCGGUCUAUGCUCAUAACCGUUUACUCACCACUGUCUUGUCAUGGGACCCAGCAAGGGCUGGUCAAUGGUCGGUUCAGUUCACAUCUAGCAGCUAACCUCAACACAUCUAUCAUACUGUAGCCCUUACUGUACACAUUUAGAUACAGGCAAAUGUACCGUGGCCUCAUCAAUGUGAAAAAUGCUACAUGGUACAUGGUUCUCUGUACUAGUCACGUAUACAGUGAGUGAAAAAGUGUCCAUCACUGAGUGAAACACUUCCAACAACCGAUUAGAUGGGAACAGAGACCCUCACAUGUCCUCUGGUCUUAAGUGGUCCUUCUGUCUGAUAGCAUGGCCCUGCUGCGCCUUUAAUGGUCAACCAGUUAACUUCGGUUUUUAAUAUGCUGCAUGUACAGUGAAGGCCUUUUUCCACAUCCAUCCAUCUACUGAGCUCACACCAAGAACCAGCCCUUGCAAUAUGACCGCUCUGGUUUCUGUUGGAGUAACUAGGUUGUUAUUACUCUCCUGAUGGUGCUUUGGAAUGGUGCUAUUUCUUAGCUAAUUAUUGUCGUUAUUUGUUGUCAUUCUGGUGAAUAUAAAGUGCUUUUGUUGAGGUGCUAAAGAAAUAGUGCUAUAUAAGUUUGUGAGAAGAGGAGAAGUUAACCCUUUAUUUCCUUACCUACAGUAACUCAGUAUGGGACAGACACAUAAGUUACCAAACAUUCAGUCUCUUAUAAAACUGGGUGUCAGCACACUGACUGAUACUUUACUAUCUCACAAAAACCAUAACAAAACUGUUUUAAUAAAACAUACUGUCUUAUUUGACUGUCUAAAUAUGUAAGCUACAUUUUCUAUUUUCUAUUUUGAACCAUCUGUGUCUAUGUUCAUGGUGUGACCUCAGAGGCAAACCAUUUUAUCAAAUAUUAGGGACAAUAUUGUUUUGUUGUUUUCAGAUGCUUAUUGUUACAGAUAUGUACUGUGUUUUAAUUACUACAGAAACAUUCCCCCGUUCCCCAUGUACAACCAUUGAAAUGAACAUAUUAAAGUGAAUAAAUAUGGCGCAUUGAUAAUAAAUGCAUUGAGCAUUG